CGCGCGUAAACCAUAUCCCUUCAUUCAUUGUCAGCUUCCUGAAGCCAUUUUUUAGCUUGCAGGACGGAGACCUGCGUUUGUUUUAAAUCCAUUGCAUCUGCCUUUCUUUGCGACUAAUAUAAAGCCAACGCUUAGUGAUUCGGUACAUAAGACGUUACUUAGUCACAUUUUGCAGGUAUUUUAGAUUUCAGUUGAUUUAAAAAGGAGAAAAUUGGUUCCAAAGUUAAGGAGGGACAAAGCACCCGAGCCUACAACGAUGAGAAAGGGGAUCUCCUCUGCCCAGGCGAGAGUGAUAGCAGCAGGGGUUGGGAGCUCCACUGUAGAUAAAAGUACCGUUUUAACGCCGUUAUCUGGCCGCUUAACUUCUACUUUUCCCUCGACUGCAUUUAUACAAAUUAUCACUCCACCGCCUUCUCUAACACAGGCUACUAAUGGCUGUAUGUCCGAUCCGCCAGUGGCUAGCUUGAUAUACUCCACUCCCCAUGGACCAACGAACGGAGCGGGACAGCGACCUGCAUUAGGACGUCCACCGGCUAAACGGCGGCUGGAAUUGGAACUGCCUGACCAUCAAUACAUCUGCGAAUCGGCCAAGACCCCCAAACGCCGAGGCGGGGCCGCGGGUCCCGGUAGAAAGAGCCCAAAAACUCCCAAGUCCCCGUCGGAGAAGACCCGUUAUGAUACAUCCCUGGGUCUCCUUACAAAGAAGUUUGUCCAGCUGUUGGGCAAGUCGUCGGACGGCGUAGUUGACCUGAACCAGGCCGCCGAGGUCCUGAAGGUCCAGAAGAGACGCCUUUAUGACAUCACCAAUGUGCUGGAGGGGGUUCGCCUCAUCAAGAAAAAAUCCAAAAACAACAUACAGUGGAUGGGCUGUAAACUGACCGAAGAGGGCACCACGCUGAACCAGUGCCAGGGCCUUGGACGGGAAGUGCUAGAGCUCACCCAGGAAGAGAGGAAGCUGGACGAGCUGAUCCAGACCUGCAGCAGGAACGUACGGCAGAUGACCGAAGAGGCUCACAAUCAGAAGUUCUCGUAUGUAACAUAUGAAGACAUCCAGAAGAGCCGUGGGCUUCAGGACCAGACUGUGAUCGUGAUCAAAGCUCCUUCAGACACAAAGCUGGAAGUUCCUGAUCCUGAGGAGAAUUUACAGGUCCAUUUAACAAGCACUAAGGGGCCAAUAGAAGUGUUCCUCUGUCCAGAUGAGACGACAGCCAACAGCCCGCAGAAGAAUAACGUCUUGGAUGUGAAUGGAAACCACUCAACUUUUGUCAAAGUCUUGCAAGAAUAUGCUGGUGGAAGCGGUGUGCCAGGGAUUCCUGACAGUCCAGUGGCAGUCACCACCAUCUCGCCCCUCACCUCGCCCCUCACCAGCCUCCUGCAGCAGACCGAGGACCAGAUGCCCUCGGCCCUGGAGGGUCCCUUCGUUAGCCUGUCCUCCCACCUCCUCAGCGAGGACUACAUGCUGAGCCUGGGCGACGACGAGGGCAUUAGUGACCUCUUUGACACCUACGAUUUGGACAAACUCCCGCUGGACGACCUCUUGUGCAACUGACCGAGGGAAAGGAUCCAGCCUGGAGAGCGAAUAGUCCGAGAAGGGGGAUUCUGGUGGUCUGGUCGCCCUCUGUUCAAAGAGGGCACAUGGCUCAUCUUUCCCCUUGUAUCUGGGAUGGAGGGGCUUGCCUUAAUCCUGCGCGCUACUGAAUUUUGUUUCCCGACCAGAUGCAAAAGCUUAGGUGGCUGGGCACAAAAACCCUCGUUGCUUGCCGGUGAUCUUUUCGCUUGGGGACAGCGUGCUGGAAACUACCUGUGGUGUGUUAAGUGGAGAUUGUGAAACCAUAAAUACGCUUUUGAUAUAUACGUCUUGUACCAAUUUAGCCAGUUCUAAUUGUAAACAUGUAACUGAUGUUGAAUGUGGCCAUCAUUUCAUCUUCAGAAGGUACGUGUCUGUCAAACAUUGGAUUUGAUGUCAUAUGGCCAGUCUUGGCAGAGGUGUUCCUCAUGGUUCAAUACAUGGGCUAUGCACAAAGUGUCUGUGGUCUUUAUCCUAGUGCAGUGGGACAACUGCAGUAACUGCAUCAUAUUGGCUUGUUCUUCUGGCUUCAUCUGCUUAUGGGAUGAUGGAAAGGAGGCUCCUGUCUGCAAGUUUGAAAUGGUUUUCAUCAAAAACUCAAAUUUCAAGGAAUGAACGUACGCUUACCUUCUGAUCUAUACAUUUGGACACUGACCUCUAAACUCCAGGUCCUGUGUUGUGUCUAGUGAAGAGCAGAUUGAUUCAGUUCAUCAUGUUAUCCCUGAAUUCAGUUGGUUAUCAUGGCUGCAAUGUAGACGUGAAGUCCAUGAAUGUCAUUUGAAAGUCGUUUACUACGAUCGUAGCCUUUCAUGGUUCAUGGAGACUGAUUACUUGCUAAAAAUGCAGUGAACUGUUGGCGUGAGUGGAUUUAUUUAAAAAAACUGCCAGCCUUUCUGGGGCUUAUAAACUGUUCUCCACUAAUAUUGCUAGGUUCCUCCUUCAAAUGAAUGGAUACCCCCAGUUGUUACUCACUUGUGGCUGUGGUUAGACUCAGACGAUUGGAACAAAGUUCUGGGUUUUCAGUUGGUAAGGAGUUUAUAAUGCCUGUCUGCGUGAGGGCGUGUGUCUGAGGGAGUGACAUUUGGGAAGGGUGUCCUCACAAACCUUCAGUAUUGAAGCUGAAGAGGCUAUGGCUCAGGGGGGCACCCAUCCCAGCCUGAUGUUCCUUUCACAAGGCUUUUUUGAACUUGCACAAAGUUUAUGCAGACUUGACUUGUUGAAAUAUAUGCGGCUACAUCAUACAUUGUACUCAUGCUCCUUUGCCUCACUCCACAGAUCUUGCCCAUCCUAGAUUUGAGAUCGGAUUCUUAAACACAGAAGCGGUUCCAUUCGUUAAAGCCUGUUAUUGCUUUCUUUCCUUACUUUUAUGAAUUUAGCAACCAUGUUAGAAUGUACAAUUGAAAAAAUGUGCAAUGACAACAUUCUUUUGUUGUCCUCGGCAGUAUAAUAUUGCUGUUGCCCUUUGAAAUCUGACCAAUCAAGCCAAGUGCAGUACCCUUGGGGUAAGGCUAGUUCAGUUUAUUUGGAUUCACUCUUACUGUGGAAAACAUACUGCAAAAUGUUGACAUUGCUGCCUGUAGCAGGUAGCAACUGACUUUACUUGCAUGUAGGACUUAUUGGAAUGUGUUCUGAGGGCAGCAUAAGAUGUGAUUGUUUCCAUUGCCCAAAUAAGUAAGCGGUUUGAUCAUUUGAAGUACGAAGUGCAAGCUUGAACUCCCGUUAUGUUAAGUUUGGUCAAUGACCCAUUUUUCCCUUUUGUUAUUCAAUACCUCACUGAAAUUAAAAGUGAACAAAAUUACAGAACGAGAGAAAUUAAGAUUGCCUUUCCCAAAACCCCCUGGACACAGAGCUGGGAAAUGUUUUUUAAUUGAGUUUAAGUGAAAUUUGGGACCAUCAGUGACCAUGCUAACCACCAGACUAAUCUUGCUAGUCGACCGCAGCUGCAGUUUUGGCAUACAAGGCGGUUAUCCUGUCAUGUUGAAUACUGACUCCAACUCUUCCUUUAUUUGAUCGAGUGCCUGAGGUAACCAAUCACAUCUAAUGCUCCUCUCCGAACACAUUCCAAUAAAUGUAACUCCUAUGUGCACUUUACUUGUGACCAGCAUGGCAGUGAAGUUUGUGGCAACCUAAAAUGGCACCGCAAUGGAAUUUUUAAAAUGGGCCGAUGUCAGUUUAAAUGAAGUAAGCUGCCUUACUGCGUUACUUGCUUAUGAAAACUCAGGACAUUGGUCAUGUAGUGAAUCCCUAUGGAUCUGUGUUUUCAACUCUAUGAAAUAUGGGAAAUUACAUGGCAUAAAUUCUAGCUUGACCCUGCAAAACAUGAUCUGUUCUCAUCAGAUUCGCCUGUGUGUUAUGAAGGCUUUGCUUUUAGGAAUUCUUGGCUGUAGGUGUUUUCAAUUCUAUUAAAGCCAUUAAAAAGCUGUAAAGCUUAUGAUAAGCUUCCAUGUAUGCAUAAUGUGACUUAUGCAUUAGUUUAGACUACCUCUAAAUGUAGUAUAUGACCAUUUUUGGGAGCCAUUUUACUUUACUGCCUAUUAAAAUAUUCUGCGUGAGCGUGUGUUGAACUGUUAGCACCUGUGAAUGUAUACUUGCUGGCUUAAUGUAUUUGUCAUUUGUAUUCAUAGACUUUUCAGGUUUUCACCAAAAUGCCUCGUUGAGCACUUCUCAAUUAAAUCCCAUGUUUCUGCAUCCUAGUUUGUGUGCAUAGGACAAUAUCCAAUGGCUGAUCUCAAUUCAACUAUCAGUUGGCUUUUUAACAUUUUAAACGAGCCACUUGUUUUUGUUAUGCCCACAAUUGUAAGCAUCAACUAAGACGUUGAUCCUUGCUGAAUUCAAUGCAAUGAUUGUGUGAUUUGAAGUUUCAGUGUUGUCAACAAUUGAGUCAAUGCAAUGGCAGCUUAUUUGAAUAAUUGAAGGGUUUUCUAAUGGAAUUAAGUUGGACUGGCCUCUAUUUAAAUUUUUUUGAUUGUCCUGAAUUGACAGUCAAGUCUCAUUAUUUGGAUAUAAAAUUGCCAAUUCUUUGUUGGAUUUGUAAAUCCCUGUUUAUGUACCCUCUAAUAUGAAAUGUUGGUUUGUACAGGCAUUAUGUUGACGCACAGGCACCUGGAUAUGUUUGGUGCAGGCAUAAAGGUACAUGAAUACAUUUGAGCCAUACAGAUUGGUUACUUUGGAGUUGGUGCUUGUUGUACGUUAUUCAUUUAGCCUUUUACAAUUUGUCAUGCUUUGCAGUUUUGUAAAACCAUUCUCCUUGAUAAUUAAGGAAGUUUAUUCCUCAUCUCCAGGAAGGUUGUUUAUAACAUGGAUUUGCAGACCAUUCAUUGAGAUCCUCUGUGUGUGGAAGGUGGCUGGUUAACAAGCGGUUGAGCGUGGUUUGAAAGUGCUCGUUCUCAAUGUAAUCGCUAAGAUUUCAGUAGUGUACUGCUGUUGAUUGGUUGUUCCAUUUCUCCACAAGCCUGUUGCCAUUGGAGUACAAGUUUCCAUUGUUGCCAGCCAAUAUUUUGGUGCUUAUCAGGGAGGUUUGGCAUUCAGAAGUGGGGUAGGACGCAUUCCAAGGUGUUAAGUUUGGCGCACCAUGAAAUUGCGUGCCUGUUUUGCAUCUAAUUUGGCAAUAAUUGUUGUGUGUUUCAAGUGAGUAUUUCAGUAAGCCCAUCUGAAGUACUGCCAAGUGUUAGCACAGAUUAAUUUAAAGUGUAGAUGUUUUAGCACAGUUGAAUACAAGUGAUUCAGGGGUUAUUUAAUGUGGGGUUUGUGAUUGUGUGCAUGGGAGUAUUCAAUGUGUUCAAUGAAUGUUGUGUGAUGUUAAUUUGUUUGGAAAAAUGUAUGAUUGUUUUAAUAAAAAGCAAGCUUUCAUUUUGUUACAUUAA